UCUAGUUGUAUUAUUGCUUAAUUACUCUUGGAAAGGAGAGACAGAGAUAGAUAGAUUGAUAGAUAGAUGGGUGAGGAGAAGAUGGCUGGAAAGAUGGUGAAAGUGAGGGAGUUCAUCAUGGAGAAGGACUUGCCGGCGGUGGAGGAGCUCGAGCACCUGUGCCAGGCCGGCCUCUCCGGCGACGACCAAGCCGACAACGCCGGCGCCGGCGACGAAAACGUCAAGAAGACGAAGACGAAGAAGAAGAAGAGUGGCAUGCCGGUCUACGUGGAGCAGAUCGGCGACCCGUUUGCCCGGGUUCGCCAUGCGCCGGACCACGUCAUCCUGGUGGCUGAGUAUGGAGACGACGAGCAGGUCGUAGGUGUGAUCAAGGCGUGUGUCAGGAUGGUGAGCAGAGGCGGCGGCGGCAGCUUGAGGAAGACGAAGAAGUAUGUCAAGGCGGCGUGUCUUCUUGGCCUCAGGGUGUCUCCGUCUCACAGGCGGCUCGGGAUCGCGACGGAGCUGGUGCGGAGAGCGGAGGAGUGGUGCGCGGCGAGGGGCGCAGCGUACGCGACCAUGGCGACGACGGCGUCGAACGCGGCGUCGCUCGCGCUGUUCGAGGGCCGGUUCGCGUACGCGCGGUUCCGGCGGCCGCUGUUCCUGGGGCACCCCGUGCACCGGCACCGCGCGCGCGUCCCGCGCGCGCACCGCGUGCUGCAGCUCCCGCCGCCGAUCGCCGCGGCGACCUACGCCGCGCUGCUCCCGCCGACGGGCGCCGCCGCCGCCGCCGAGUUCGUCCCCGCCGACCUCCCGGCGCUCCUCGGGCACAAGCUCACGCGCGGGACGUUCCUCGCCGUCGAGCGCAGCCCCGGCGCCGACCCUCCGUCGUUCGCCGUGCUCAGCGUGUACGACGCCACGCGCUCCCUCAGCUUCCGCGUCGGCGGCGCGCCGCCGCUCCUCCGCGCGUCCCUGGCCGCGGCGCGCGCGCUCGACCGCCGCGCGCCGUGGCUGCGCGUCCCCUCCGUCCCCGACGUCUUCAGGCCCUUCGGCGCCUACCUCCUCUACGGCGUCCACAUGUCCGGUCCCUCCGGCCCGGCCCUCCUCCGCACGCUCUGCCGCCACGCCCACAACGUCGCGCGCAAGAACCCGGCGUGCGCCGUCGUCGCCGCCGACAUCGGCCCGAACGACCCGGCCGCGGCCGCCGUGCCGCAGUGGCAAAGCUUCUCAUGCAACGAGGACGUCUGGUGCGUCAAGAAGCUCCCCUCCGUCGCCGACAACGGCAAUGCUGGCAACGACGACGACGACGACGACUGGACGGCGGCGCCGCCGCCCGACGUCCUGUUCGUGGACCCUCGGGAAUUCUGAAUCUCCAUCAGUUUUGGUAUUCUGACGACGUUGUAAAUACAUCACCAUACAUGACAAGUGUAAGCUGCAAAUGGAUGCAAAAAAAAAAAAGAUGCAUUGCAAAUUUGCAGCUUUUCAUAUAGUUAACAAACACCCCAACAGUGUAGUAAGCUUUAAUUAUCACUUAAUUGCCUCCUAAGUCUGAACCCUGAAGAUUCCAUCAUGGUGAUGCACAAAUGGACCAUAGUAACUCUGCAACAAGAGAAAAAUAACACAUGUGCAAAUCACAGAUUCAGACAGGCUGUACUUGGGGCCUGUCUUGCU